ACUGCAAGCUUCUAUAUCCUGUAUGAAUGAUAUGAUCAUUGAUCUGAAACUAAACUUUGUCUCUAUCCACAGUCCUUUACGUCCAAUUUCUGCAUAUUCUAUCUGCUUGUGCAUGGUGGCUGAUGUCCAUCGCACAUUACUUUAUGGGGGUAUCUUUUUGUACCCAGCUGAUAAGAGGAGCCCCAACGGAAAACUGCGGUAUGUUGUCAUCUGUUGAUGUUUCUCAUUUUACCUAAUAGCAAAUUAUUCAUGUAUGUAUAAUCCCUGAUUGGUUUUGAAUAAUUUGUGUGAACUAGUGUUAUCUCUACUAGGUCUUUCCAACGUCAUUCUUGAUGGAGCAAGCAAGGGGCCAGGCAUUCACAGGCAAGCACCGGGCACUUGACUUGGUGCCAAAGAAGAUACAUGACCUGUUAGCGUGUGAGAUCAAGUCUCUUAAUGUGGUAGUUACAAUUAGUUUAUUUUGCUUAGUGGUGUAACAGUUUCUUUUGCAGUUUGUAACUUCUUUUCAUUUCAGCACCUGUUAUGUAUAAGUUUCUUUUCUUUGAAACUGAUGUUUGUGUAUGUUCGCUGCUAUUUUUUGCCAAUAUAUCAGACAUUGUUCA